AUGGCUAAAACUAAUCUUCAGUCCAAAGGCUAUGCUAAGAAACUUACAGAAUAUGAAUUUGUAGGUGUUACUCACCUUAUGCUGGAUGCUAUGACUCCUUUUACUCAAGACAGUCAAGAAUUGGUGUCAGCAUUUAGUAUUCUUGGUCUGAAGCCAGUAACAUUUCUCAGUGAACAAGAGUUAGAAACGUUGGGUAAUGACACAAUUGAACUGCUGAUGGAACACUAUAAAUGUGAUAAACAUAAUGAAGGUUGUGGUGAUUCUAUGGUGUGUAAGAAUGAUAUCAAUAUUGUUGACAGUAAAAACACUGUUGCAGAAUGGACACAGACACAGUUAAAACAACUUGUAUUGAUUCAACAGUAUCCAGUUGCCAACUUUUCCAUGUUUAUCAAAGAGUUCUUGGAUUUAUUAAAUGUGUUAAAACAGUCACGAAUGGAAGCAGAACAUGUUGCAAAACAUACUGAUGAGCUGAAUGCUGCCCUACGGAAAGAAGGCUUAAAGAUAAGAAAUCCACCGACUUCUGGUGACGGAUCUUGUGAAUGCAGAUCUCCUGGACAUGAAAUUGAGCUGGGACCAAUAUAUUCAAAAUAUGAUGUAUGGGGUGAUCAAAUUGUGCUUACAGUUGUUGUUGCAAUAAUUAACACUGUAAUUAAGCUAGUUUCACCGACUUUUACAAGAGUGAUCCGUCCACCUGAAUCGGGUACUGACACCGUGUAUUUAGGUUGCCAUGAAGCCGGCGUUGUACACGAAGAUGAGAACAUCUUAGUGGAGCUUGAAACGAACAAACUAAAAAUUAUUGACUUUGGAUCAUGCUUAUUAGCAGAAACUACUAUUAAUGAUUUUGAUUUUCCUUCAGGAACUAGAGUCUACAGUCCCCCAGAAUGGAUAACAUCCCGCCGUUAUUUUGCUAGAUCUGCGACAGUUUGGUCAUUGGGAAUAUUGCUGUUCAAUAUGGCUUUUGAACGUGACGAUGGAAUUUGUAAAGCUGAAGUGUCUUUUCGAGGAACAGUUUCGCAACCAUUACAGGACCUCAUUAAAUAG